UGAUAGAAUAAUAUAGCAUUGGCUGCCCAGACCUGUGGCUGCUGCUAUUACCUGUGACCAGAGACCAUUUCUAGAGAUUUUCUAGUUCUCGUGUAUGAGCACAGAUCACGGAUGUGCAUAUCUUUUAUCCAGGAAUACAUUUAAGUGAAAAUAACCAGUGAAAUGUCAAGAGAAAACAGCAUGCAGCUAUUAACCUACCCCGAGAGGGGACAAUCCUUUCUGCCAGCAAUCCCUGCAGCUCGAGUCGAGGUAAUGGAAGACCGGAUAUUUAAUCAGGAGAAGACCACUACGAUUCUUUUAGACCAGGCCUUCAAGAUAAAAGAGGAUGUUUCCAAAUUGCGUGGCAUGCGUGGGCAGCAGUGGGAUACCAUGGCUCAGAGAUUUCUUGAAAACCACAUGCAGACCGUCACGGAGAUUGUUAAGCAACUCAGCAGAGAUAUUGAGGCUCUGGAAAAUCAAAUACGAAGCAGAGAUAAUGUAAGCUCGGGCACAAGUUUUGCAGUGCAAAGUCUGAACAAAAAACAUCUUUUCGACAUUGGGGAUCUACGCGGUCGAGUGGCAAGGUGUGAUGCCAGCAUCGCAAAACUGUCAGGAGAUAUGGUCGCAACUAAAAAUGAGCUUCAAGCACAAGAGAGAGAAAUCCGCAGCAUGAAUGCAGCGUUAGAAUCGCAUAUAAAGGAGAUCGAUAUCAAGGUAAUGCAGCUAUUAGGAAGGAUGGAGACUUCCAUUUCACAGCAAAGCAGCUAUACAAAGAACGCCCAAGGGGAACAACACCACGAGAUCCAACUUUUAGAUUUCAAGCUUAGCAGUCUAAUUCAAGAAAUUCAAGAACAAAUUCAAAAUCAGCGGAGAUGGACCGAGUCUCAGCUACAGAGAUCUGACCAGGAGCGCGUUCAGAAUGUAGACCAUCUUCUCAGUUCCGUGAUGGAAAAAGUGGAUGCAACAGAUACCAAGUUUCAGGAGGCUUUACAUCACAUUACCAUAAAAAUAAACGAUAAGGAUGAGUUACAGAGACUGGAGUCCAAGCUCGGCCGCCAGAAACAGGCCAACAACAAAAUGGCGGCAAGAAUGAUAAAAUCCCAAGCAGACAUCUGGGAUGAGUUAGAGAAUAUGAAAAGUGAAUACAGAGCAGGAUUUCAAGCAAUUCAGGAAUCUCUCAAUUCCCUCCAACUAAUACAAGAUUCAAAGGUGAAAUUGGAAACUAAAAAAGUCCAAAAAGACAUCAAGCAAAUCCGGCGCAAGAUGAUUGAGCUGAAGGACAUCUGAGAAUUUCUGCCAAUUUCCGUUAACGGUUUGCGGUGUGUUACUUUACACAAUGGAGCCCCUGGAAAUGAAAUCAAGAUUUUCUACAUUCAAAGCAGCACAAUUUUGUAUUUGUGGAUAGAGGCAGCGUUGUGGCAUCAUUUCUUGAAGACUCCCAAGAUGCUGCAGGCCCACCGCCAUACUUCAUUUAUUUGUGAUUGCAGAAGAGGCCAAGAGGGGUGAUAAAUCUCUCUCCUUGCUCGUUAUCGAGACAAUCUGUGUUACUCUGAGACUCUGUGGGUCCAGAUAUUACUUUCUUGAGCCUGCUAUUCUGCAUGGUAGAGGCAA